ACUCCACUGUUAGACAGACUCACAACCCCAGGAGGAGUGACAGCCUGUGCUCUCUCAUCCACCCAGAGAGCAUCGCCGUCCGGUGAAAGAAGCAGCCAGGGAGAAGAAGACUAAAGUCCUGCUCCAUCUUCCCUGCCUGCCUCUCACCCUCCACCCUAGGCCAGUUUCUCUAGCAUGUGAAGGGCGUCCUUCUCUCUCUCCUGGACCUGGUGAACAUGCUCAGGCUUUCGAGAAGAGCUUCAAAGCAACGGAUUGAUCUGCAGUCCUAUGACAUAAGCAAGUGAAGAGAGGAGGAAGAGGAGGAAGAGGAAGGUAAACGAACCCUGUGAGGAGAGGUCCAGAGAGGAAGAGGAAGGAGAACGAGCCCUGUGAGGAGAGGUCCAGAGAGGAAGAGGAAGGAGAACGAGCCCUGUGAGGAGAGGUCCAGAGAGGAAGAGGAGGGUGAACAAACCCUGUGAGGAGAGGUCCAGAGAGGAAGAGGAGGGUGAACGAACCCUGUGAGGAGAGGUCCAGAGAGGAAGAGGAAGGAGAACGAGCCCUGUGAGGAGAGGUCCAGAGAGGAAGAGGAAGGAGAACGAGCCCUGUGAGGAGAGGUCCAGAGAGGAAGAGGAAGGAGAACGAGCCCUGUGAGGAGAGGUCCAGAGAGGAAGAGGAGGGUGAACUCAUUCCAUGGCAGCCAGCACAGAGAACAUCCCCUUAGGGGAGCGCCCCCCGCACUUCAAGUCCAGGGACUCUCUGACCCCCGUGACCCCCGCAUCCCCCGUGACCCCCACAACCCCCCCGACGCCCCGCACCACCCACACGGAGAGCACUGUCUUCAGCCUGUCCCGUAGCCAGUCCCUCUGGGCGCCAGGCCCCAGCACCCGCACCCGAGACGUGUACUGGUUCCCUAUUCACCUGAUGACCACCGGGGGCAGCAUACUGGCCUGCGGCAUGCUCAUCAGUGGGCUCUUCUUCUAUGGUCACAACAGAAAGGUGACCAUCAUCCUCGGUCCGGGCCUGGUGUCUAUUGGUCUGAUGGUGCUGGUGGUGGGGUUGGUUCUGAUCCCCGUCACCAAGGACAACAAAAAGAUGGCGUCCAUGAAAAGGCCUCUAAGCUGUUACAGGCCACCGCUCUUCAACGUGUGAGCCGCAGCAGAGGUGGUUCGGGGACUGCUCGUACGAGCUGCUGGUGGUUUGAAACAUGAACUGACGGGGGCGGGGCUUUAGCUCGGUGAUAAUGGGUCUCAGGCGGCUGACAUCCAUUACACCCAAUUUUUAUUGGCAUUUCCAUUUUAUUCUUUCAGCAGAUGAUUUUGUGAAGCAAUGUACAAAUGGUGCAUAGACCUCAAAUGCACAGUGGCAUAAAUCUGUGCUUUUCAAAGACACUGCUGGAUCACUGAUUCAGAGACAAAGACAUUGACAUUGGUGGGUGAUUGUAUCCCUGUAUACCCUUCUCUGUGUACAUAUACAUAUGUCAACACUAGUGGAUGACACAAAUGUACAAAUAGUAGAUAGACUCUACUCAGUCAUCAUUUCAGAGACAGAAACAUUGAUGUUAGUGGACUGUUAUUGUAAUAUUUCCAGUUCAUUCAAGACACUCACGUGAUUUUGCAUUGGCGGAAUGGAUGUACAUGGGGAAGCGCUCCCUGCCUUCACUGCAGCAUGCAGGACAUGAGGCAGGGAGCAACGAGUUAAAUCCCCCACGGGGAGAACAGACAG